AUGAUUGAAGGUGAAUCAGGGGCUGGAGGUGGCAGUGAUGAACUGGAAAGAGGAGCCCAGAAACUCUACAUGUCAGAGAUGCUGUGGCUGCUGCCCCUGCUGUGGGCAGGGUCCCUGGCUCAGCAUAGUGGAUACACGGUGAGAGUGCAGACACCUGUUACAGUGCAAGAGGGCCUGUGCGUGUUUGUGCCCUGUACCUUCAUCUACCCGGGGAGAUACUGGAAUAAUCCUUCCCCUGCAUAUGGCUACUGGUUCCAGGAAGGAGCUAAUGAAUUCCACGAUGCUGCUGUGGUCACAAACAACCCGGCUCGUAAUGUGCAGGAGGAGACCCAGGGCCGAUUCCACCUCCUCUGGGAUCCCCAGACCAACAACUGCUCCCUGGACAUCAGAGACGCCAGGAAGACCGAUGAUGGAGUUUACUUUUUUCGGGCUGAGGCAAAAUAUUCUGGUAUAUAUUCUUACAAAUGGAACACGCUCUCCGUGACAGUGACAGCCCUCAACCACACACCCAACAUCCUCAUCCCGGAGACCCUGGAGAGCGGCCUCCCCAAGAACCUGACCUGCUCUGUGCCCUGGGGCUGUGAGCGGGGCACACCCCCCAUCUUCUCCUGGACGUCAGCUGCCCACAGCUCCCUGGGCCCCAGGACCCGCCUCUCCUCCGUGCUCACCCUCACCCCACGGCCCCAGGACCAUGGCACCAACCUCACCUGUCAGGUGCAUUUUCCUGCCGUUGGUGUGACCGUGGAGACAACCAUCCAGCUCAACGUCACCUGUGCCACACAGAACCCAACACCAGGUGGUUGCCUAGGAGACAGUGCAGGUGGGAAGGAGCCUUCUGUCCUGGGGCAUUGA